CUUACUGAUGCAGUCCUCGGAAUCAAAAAACUGUGCUUAGGAUUCCAAUUGACAUUUUUACCCUACAGUAUGAUCUCGAGGCACGUGUGAACAUGCAAGCUAUAGCCAGGAACUAACACCCUAUGACGGAAUCCUCGGUUCGACGGCUCGCUCGGGAUCAGGUUACGGGAGCGGGCAAUUGAUACCCAGAACCUGUCGCGAUGGCUUCAGAUAGCUCCCAAUCUUUUCAGAUUAUCUCCUCUCUUCGCUAUGAUCCGUCCCUUCCAGCUGUGGUGGCCCAACACGCCGCACACUCGUAUCCGGAGCCCCGCCCAACACCUUACUACCUCCUCCCAUACCACCUGGACCGUCUGAUCAACGCAGCACGGCACUUCAACUGGCACCAUGCCGUCCAAUUCCUCGAACAAGGUCUCGAGGGCUUCACUUCCGCCCUUGAUAGCUUCAUCCCCGACCGCACAAAACCUUGGCGCCUUCGCACCGUCAUCGAGGAUAAACCAGGCGCGGGGUUGACAGUCGAUGUAAACCCGGCAGCUCCAAUUGACCCCCUCCAGCUCCUUCUCCCCUUUGCGACCGAUGCAGCGCAACAAUCAACCCCAUGGCGCAUCUACGUGGACACCCAGCCGACGAUCCCAUCCGCCUUUACCACCCACAAAACCACAGCGCGGGAGUACUACACAGCCGCGCGACAUCGCGCAGGCAUCAUGUCCCCUCAGGACCAAGCGGAGGUACUGGUGGUGAACCCCGCGGGUGAGGUCAUGGAGGGGAGUAUAACGACCCCAUAUUUCCGACGGCGGGGAAGCUCUGGUAAUCAAGAUAACCAUGAUAACCAUCUGGGAUGGACCACGCCGCCGCUAUCAUGUGGCGGGAAUGCGGGGACGACAAGACGGUAUGCGCUGGCCCAGGGCUUCUGCGCUGAGCAGGUGGUUCCGGCAUCGGAGUUGGUGGAUGGUGAAAGGUGUUGGAUCAGUAAUGGAGUUAGAGGGUUUAUGCGUGGGGUAGUUGUUAGACAACAGGCGUAGAAAUUAGGUUGGCAUUCCGUGCCUUGAUGUGAUAUCAGAUGUGAGUGAUGUAUGUUGAUGCAUAGCUUUCCACCUGAGAUAUAUAUCCGAGUCGAUUAUGCAUACAACAAGCUCACGCCAACUAUCUUAGCUCAAAUCUUAGCUCAAUAACAAGGAACAUAAGACAAGGUCCAAAUUGUUAUUGGAGCGAUCAUCAGCAUCCC